AUGAUGAAAUCGUAUAAGCUGAAAAAGACGAAUGAAAGAAAUCAAGAAGAGAGAUUGAAAGGAGCAAAUGACCGUAGUGUGCCUAACUUGAUGAACUUAAAAAUUCGAAAUGAAAAUAUUCACAUAAAAAAUAUCAUAAGAACAAUACAUUAUGUGUAUACAAAUAAAUACGAUAGUGAAACCGGAUUUUCCUAUAUAAAAGAUAUAUUAAAAAAUAUAAUAAAAGGUAAUAUAUAUGAUAUUGAAUAUAAGAGAUAUAUCAACGAAUACUGUAUAUAUGAAUUAUGCUCAAGGGUUCUUUUAAAGAUUAUAAAAAGUAAUGCUAAGGAUGAAAAUUUUAAUAAUAUUAUGGACUUCUUAUUUGAUAUAUUAUAUUACUGUGAUAUAUUACUAUGUGAGAGUAGUAGAAAAAAAAAAAAGAAAUGUACGAACUAUAGUGAUAACACUAAUAGCAAUCAAGAAUAUGAACUCGUUACAAAAUUGUGGAAUAGAUUAUUAGAUAAUAUAUUUCUUAAAGACAAGAAACAACGAAUAAAUUUAUGUAAAAUUAUAAAAGCAUUAGUUAAAAAAGCAUGUGCAUUACAAAUUGAUGUUUCAAAUAAAUUAUGCAAAAAACAUGUGAAUAUAUUUUUAUCCUUACUAAAUGAUAAGGAUCAUAAUAUUCGAGUGUUAUGUUUGAAUAUACUAGAGCCCUUUCAAGAUUUUAAUACAAGAGCUAGUUACUUGAAAUGUUUAGACGACUCUCAUAAUGUUGUCCGAAUUAAUGCUAUAAAAAAUAUAUCAAUGUGUGUAGAAGACAGUAAUGUAAAUAUGAAUAAUACUGCUACUACUACCACAACGAAUAGUACCAACACUAAUAAUAAUACAUAUGAAUAUUUAAUAGUUCUAAAAAAUUUUUUAGUUAGAAUAAAUGAUAUAAAUCAUAAUGUACGAGUAAGUGUAUAUGAAAAAUUAAAAAAUUUUUAUUUUUAUAUACCCUCGGAUAUGAAAUUUGAGUUAUUACUUUGUGGACUAAAUGAUAAAGACAAGUCAGUAAGAGAAAGCUGCUAUAGCAUGAUCAUCCACUGGGUUCAAAUGUUUGAUGAUAAAAUUGAAAAUUUAUUGUUACACCUUAUAAAUAGUGAUAUAGAUAAUGAUAUCAUAGUAGAACAAAUAUGUAAAGUUCAUUUGACUCAUAUUAGAAAAGGGAUUAUAAGAAAUGUAUCCAUAGAUUUUACUGAUAUCAAAAAGGGCUCUGAACAGAUUGGUUUCGUGGAUGAGGAUGAGCAAGUAAAAUAUGGGGUCCACGAUACCUGUGCAAACAUAAAGGAUAAUGCACAUGAUAGAGAUAAUUAUAUAGAGAAAGACAGUGUUAACUACAAUUUGAGCAGUAACACAAAGGACACAGGUGACUAUAACAUGAAUGUGAGUGCUAACGAUAACGUUGAUGAGAGCCCCUACAACGACGUGUGGUUUAACUACUGCAUAAACAAUUUAUUUUCUCUGAAUGCUGCAGAGCUAUAUAUUCUGAGGGUAUAUGUUCAACAUUUUUCGGACGAGCAAGAGAAGGAAAAAAUCGACGCGUUACAAGUAAUUAACUGUAUUUAUUAUUAUUUGCACCUUAGUAAAUUUAAUGAAAAAUUAUACUACAACAGAAAGAAUUAUAUCAACUGUGUUGAGAAUAAUGAAACUGAUCAAGCGGACAAUCAGAACUUGUUUUGUUCAUGUGGCAAAAAUAAGAUCGACAUGAAAACAUUGGAAGAACAAAGGAAAAAGAAGUUUAUAGAAAGCUCUAUUUUUGAUGACGAGUACUGUGAUAAGUGCAUAUACUAUAGUACAGUAAAGGUGAGCAAGUUACCCCUAGAGGGAGUAGACAAGUCCGUUCGAUAUGAUGGCUCAAACACUAGUAGUAGAGGUGGAAAUAGCACAAGUGGAAAUGCGAAUGAUGACGCAAACACUCUGGAGAGCGUGCUGAUAAAUGAAGAUAACAUAAACGAAAACUACAAUUACAUAUGCAACAUUAAAAAUUUAUUGCUCAUAUGCAAAUACUUGGAUAUCAUAGAGACAUAUCAGGUGGAUAAAAUAUUACAAUGUUGUUCAACAGUCUUGUUAAGAGGCCCAUUGAGGGAAGUUAUCAUUAAAUGUAUGUUGAAUAAUACCGGUGUAAAUUAUUACAAACUGCAAAAGGGGCAUGUGACAUGUGCAUAUUGGUUAAGUAAUAGUUAUAUAUAUGCUUGUUUAGAGUUAUUAAGACAAAUGAUAUAUAUUAAAAACAAAAAUGAUGAUAGAAAUGAUAUAGAAAUUAACUUAACCAAUCAAAUACUAAGUAUUAUAUCUGAUAUAAAAGAGCCAUUUGAAAAUACAGAAAAUGAAAAUGAAUUUAUACAUACGAAUAUUAACUUAAUGGAGGAGGAAAAAAAACUAAAUAAAAAUAUAAUGAGAAAUGAGAAGCAGGAUAAGAAUCCUUUAACUUUAGUGUUUAACAACAUAAUGAAUGUAGAAAAUGAUACAAUAUUUGACAUAAUAAGAAAAAAAAAUUUAAAUACCUUAUCCAUUGAGCAUUUAUUAGUUUUGUGCAAGAAAAUGCAGCAUAAGUUGGAUGUCACUGAGGCCAAGAUCAAGGAUCUAACUGAGAUGGAAAAGGAAAGGGGAAAUGAGACUGUUCCGUGUGGGUACGAGGCUACUACGCCUGUGGAUGCAUCUGCCCCACACAUGGAUGAGGUUUGGUCAGGAGACGGAACAAAAAACGGAGGGAGUAUCAACAACAUCGAAACAUAUGGCAAUGAUGAAUCCACCACCAUUUCAGCGUUCCACGAACAGAUACGAUUGCACACAGAAAUAUUUUUAAAACAAAUAACUAUGCUUAGUUUGCUUCGACUUGAGCUAAAAAGGAGGUGGCUUCGUAUAUUAUUCAUAUUAGAAUGUUUCUUAUGUAAAAGUAAAUCUCAUUGUUCUUUCGACUCGGCACUUAGGGAAUUUCCAAAUGAAUUAUUAUUACCAGCAUUAAAUUUCUGUUGUUCUAUUAUGCCAGAAUGGGAUGAUAAGGAAAUAGAAGAUCAAUUUUAUGAUAUCAUUGUUUCUAAAUGUUUAGGAAACUGGUGUAUGUUUAUCAGUAAUGAUGAUGAGUUGAAGAAGCAAAUUUAUGCAUACAAAACUGCAAUUGUAGAUACAUGUGAAGUUUUAAAUAAUUGUCUUUUACAUAUUGAGCGUAUUCAUUCGAAUGUGUAUCCUAGUAUUUAUAGUAAAGCAAAUAUUGAUUUGGUAGUAGUAGGUGAUAAGGGGCAGAUUGGUAACAGGAAUAUAUCAAAUGAAGAGGGGAAUUACGGGAAAGCUGAAAAUUAUAAUAGUAAUAGUAAUAUUAACAGUGGUAAUACUUAUAAAUGUAAUAAUAAUGAGGAGGAUGAUGGUAUUAGUAGUUAUAUAUUUUAUGACUACAAUCCACCAAAUGAAUGUUUGUUGAAUUACUUUGCCACUAAUCAGAACGCAUGGUAUGAAUAUAAAGUACUACUAGAAAAGUUAGAAAUAAAUACAUUAAGAUGUGAGAUAUAUAUAUGUGUGUUAGGUGAUCUUUUAAUGACUCAUCCUAAUUUAUAUAAUGAUGAACUAAUAAUAUAUGCUGUUGAAAAUAUAUGGAAUUAUCUAAUGGGUACAAUAAAUACAAGUAAAUACAUCCAAUCAAUAUGUUUAAGAGUUUUUUGUAAAUUAUUGCUGACUGAAUAUUUAGGAAAUUAUAUCUACAAACUGUCUAAUGAAGAAAUAUAUAAAUUAAUGAAGAUUUCAUCAAACAGAUUAAGGGCUUUAUUUGAAAUGUGCUUUCUAAUUUCACCAUCAACAUAUAAUUGUGUUCAAGAUUUUAAGAAAAUUAGCACAUGCACUAUUACAAAUAUUAAUUCCCAUGACAAAUUAUUUUUAUUCUCUGUCUUUUCUAUGUAUCCUUCUAUGAGUGAAACGAACUUACUAGUCUUUCAUUAUACUCUUGAAGAAGUAAUUUUGAAAACGUGUGAAGGGGUUUUAAAAUAUAAACUCAAAACCAUUAAUUUUACGAAUAUCUUAACAUUUAUGAUUUUCACUAUAUUACAUAAGGCAAAUAUUCAAUUCUUAGUCGCUAAUUUUGUAAAGUAUAUUAAGUGGAUCCUUUUAAUUAUAAUAGAAAAAGGAGUAGCUCUAACAAACAAGUCUAAGAUUAUAGAGCUUGUUUUUAAAAUUAUUCAAAUAUAUCUUUUUCAUGAUUUGAACGAUUUAAAAAAUUUUGAAAAAAACAAAUCCUACGAAAAUAAGGAUAUAAAAAAAAGAGGGAGGAAGAAAAAAACAAACACACAAGAUAUACAAAAUGAUAAAAAGGAACAAAUAGAUAGAGAAAUAGAAAAGGAGUAUGAAAAGGAAUUUGAAAAAGAAAUGGAAAAGUUCCAAAAUAAUAAAGAAGAAGGUGAACAUAAAACUUUUACCAUAUUUCUUAAGAGCAUACUUACCAAUGUAAAUACAACCAUUAAAGAUUUGAAAAUAUUCUACGUCUUAAUAAAUUUUUCUAUGCAUUCUCCUGAUAUCAUUAAGUCAAAAAAUGAAAUAAGAUACUGUGAAAUGAUUAAAGAAUGUAUAGACAAAAAAAUUGAAGAAAUUAAAAGUUACUUUAUUAAAAAGGGGUAUAUCGUGAGAAACGGAAACGAGGGGGAGAUCCAGGGUAAAGAAGACGAAAAUGGAAAAAAAAAGGAAAAUGAAAAUGAUAUCGAAAAUGAAAAACAAACUCAAAGCAGUAGUCGUACAAAUGGAGGGAAUUUGCUCAAUGUAAAGGAGAUAGAGGAAUUAAAGGAGGAAUAUAUCUACGAGGAAAUCAUCGAGGAUUACGCUAAUUAUAUCGGAACACUACCUUCCAGGAGCUUUUCGUAUCCUUUAAUUCCGAGGGGUAUAGAUAAUGAAGGGGAGAUGACCAAGCAAGAGAUCCUCGACCAGAUAAACUGUAACAGUAUUAGCAAUAUUAACAAUAUUGACAGAGUUAACAAUAUUGACAGAGUUAACAAUAGUGACAGAGUUAACAAUAUUGACAGAGUUAACAAUAUUGACAGAGUUAAUACUGACAGAGUUAAUACUGACAGAGUUAACAAUAUUGACAGAGUUAACAAUAUUGACAGAGUUAACAAUAUUGACAGUAUUAACAAUAAUAAUAAUUGUAACUAUGCAAGCUUGCGCGCUAGUGAGGUUAGUGUAGGCUUGCAACGGGGUGAAGCUAAUACAGACUUGUGGCGGAAUGGCGGCAGUGCAAACUACAAGGGACUCGUUAAAAAUACAGCUAGACGGAGUAACGAAAGUGAUGGCUAUAAUAAUGCACAGGUUAAAAACAUACUGGAAGAAUUUGCUGAUGCCAAUGAUAGUCUACUCGAUAUUAGCCGUAAUAGUUGUAUGGACAGAGAUGAAAAUUAUAUUAAUAAAAAUAAGACACAUAUUAAAUCGAUUCCCAAUGAUAAUAGUGUUAUGAAUAAUAACCAUGCGCUUAACUUUACUACAAGAAAUAGCGAUGAAACGGUGUUAUAUCACGAUAAAGAUUAUUCCACAUAUGUAGGUGAUAGUGGGGAACAUAUCAAAAAUGCGGAAAAGAAAAAUGAUCAUCAUGACUAUGUUAAUACUACUACUAAUAAUAACAAUACUGAUAUCAAACAUAUGUUAGAGAAAUUAAAUAUAACCUCAAGUGAAGACAGCCCAGAAAAUGAGCCUUCUUCAUCUAGUCUAAAUGAUUAUGAAAGUGCAAAAAAUUACGCAGAUCUCAAUGAUGACAAUAGCAGUUGUAGCAGUUUCAAUAGUAAUGACUCAACCGCCAUGGCAUUUAAGAGAUUGAACAAGUUGAAAAGGACAAGCUACACAAAUGUCGUUUCGAAGUAG